AUGAGCUUGAGAACCGAAAGUUCUCACUGGAAAGGUACGCAUCUCAGACCCCAGCCAACCCAGGAGGCUCUUAAACACUUCGUCAAAGUCUACGAAACCAAGAUCCAUCUUCAGCCUCUCCCGCUAUUCGGGCUAAAUAGACUCGAGGAACGAUUGCUUGACGGCCCUCAUUUCCUACUUUGGAGCUUCAUGGCUCUCACUCUGAUGUUAUCUACCCAUCCUUUCUACGAUGAUCAAAGAACAUUUGCAAGAGACUUCUACACCCAAAAGGCGGAGGAGGCCGUGAGCUAUUUGGCUUCUGAGGGGGAUAUAUCACCAGAAGUAAUACAAUCCCUUUGCCUUAUCGCUAUGAAGCAUCUAAACAAUCAACAACUCGCACGAGCCUGGAUGACUACUGGUACUGCUGCACGACUAGAGGCCUUACGAGUCCACUCGUUUGACAGUAGCCCUUAUCUAACAGAUGACUCCGUAUCUAGAGCUCACUGGAGUGUUUUCAUGCUCGAACGACUUUUUGUUCCUACGAUGCCAGAUGCUUUUGGGCCUGGAGUUCCUCAAUUUCCUAUUAGCGCUCCAAAGCCACUUGCACUUCAAUCGACACUCUCAACUACCGUACCAGAACGCGCACAGUUAGAAACAGCACAACCCAGAACCAUACUGAGCAGUGAUCCUGGUAUCAUUGGCGUUCACAUUCGUCUUGUGUCGAUUUGGGGAAAGCUUCGAUUUUACUUACAUAGUCUACGGCGAGGCGUCACUGAAAAGCCUUGGUCACCAGACUCAACGCAGACAAAGCUGAACAUCGAGAUGAUAGAGCACGAAGCUCUAAUCGAUUCGACCUAUUUUCUCUCCAAGGCUCUUCUGCCAAGCCGAACUACAGCAGAAAUAUCUUCACAUCGCGAAUACUGGGAUCCAUUCAUGGCUAGCCAAAUUAUCUGGCAUGCCAUCCACGCCGUGCUAAACCACCCGUUCGUCCACUUGUUCUUACUCAGGUCCUCCAGGGAUGUCCCCCCAUCGUGUCUGUUCCUUCAACAGAGGAUUGAUAUGGCGCUAUUUCACACAGGAUCCCUGUUUAGGAUUCUCCAGUCGUUUAUGGAUCUAAUGGAUAUAGACGAUCCGAUGGUGGCAGACUUUGUAGCUGCAGCUGCGACAGUGUCAUGGUUCUUUCAGUUCUCAGCGGAUCCCAAGAUCUCGCGGCGGGCUCGUGAAGAAUUAGGUAAAUGCGAUGUGUUUCUCAGCCAUGUUGCUGUAACUUGGCCUCACGUCAACCAAAAGCUUGAGAUAUUGAGGAAGCUGGAGGCACUGGCCAACGAAAACCGCCGACAGCACUCAGACGAAGGGACAAACAUCAGUUUCCAAUCCGCAUGGCUUUGGGAACUGUUGACUCCUAGGGUUCAGUCCCCUCAGAUUGGCGCCUCAAACUCAGGGCCAGGGACUGGCGGUGCCUCUGAGAAAAAUCCAGAUUCCGAGAUGUAUCUCAAAAGCCAUUUUGUCAUGCCUUUGCACGACGACCCGGACUCUGGUCAGAUAAGAGAGCCAGUGGAAUCUGGUCAAGAUUGUAUAGAUUCUUUGUUUACUAUGCCGGGAGAUCUGGAUUUGUUCAAUGUCGAGUUGUUGUCGCACGACUUUUUCGAAACUGGACUAUGGGACCAAGGCUACUGA